UUUUUUCUUGGUUGGUGCGCAUUUUCACCAGCUUCAAAUGGCGACGCAAGAAGCUGCUGCUCAAGAACACCACCGCGUCAAGAAAUCGACAGCGGCGCGUCCUGGUGUCGUGGCCAGUGCAAUUUUUCAUACAGCACAUGGUGGCGACACUGAUGUUUUUGACAGCAAUUAUUAUGCUGUUGACCACGACCGGGACGCUUUUCCUCACGAAGACGUCGUGGCGUAAUAAUGCAUCAACUCCGCGACGAGGACCUUGGGCCGCGAGGACCUCCGAUGACGUGGAGGACUACAGCCUGAUUUUCAGCACAACAACGUACUCGACGCGCCGGACUACAAGAAGUACAACAGUUGAUGCGGGGGCAGCCGCAGCUCCUCGUCCUGGCGAGGUCGUAGUGGACAUGAGAACUAGAAGGCCUACAUCAGACGCACCUGCUCUGGUAGUAAAAACCACGACACGAGAUGAACAACUACAAGAACAAAGAUCAGCCGCUUUUUUUGUCCACGGUAUCGCUUUUGUGAAGAGGAGAAAUUCUAGAGGACGCAGCAACACAAAGGACGUGAGCGGGAGUUUUGAAGUAGAUGCUGAUCAUGUAGUUGUUGGCGGUCCACACGAGGACUACAUGAACGGCAUCUCGUCGUCCACCUCCCCGUCGUGGAGUUUGUCCCCAGUAAGAACUACACCCGCAAUUUUUACGUCCGUGGAAGUACUAGAUCCUGUUGAUCUUCCCAGGACGAGGAGUUCUACUACACGGAAGACGGAUUCACUGUUUCCACGACCCAGCAGGAGUUCAUCUACUUCUACAUCUACUUCCGCCUUCGGACAAAAAGCUGAAGACGUUGCUGCGUCCCUGGUUCCUGAAGUUGUUGAUGUAGGAGCCCCGACAUCGAAAAGUAGAGCCAGAACUUCUGUGAGCUUUUCGCUUUCAUCCUUUGCAGAAAGAACAACAGGGGAAGAUGAACAACAACAAACAGGGACCAAUGAAAGGACAAAUGCUGACGUCGACAAAGGCAGGAAGCUGCCAGAGAGGAAGAACGCAGCAACAGGAGGUGGGACACCAGAAGCGACCCAUCAAAGGACCACAGCAAGAACACCUUCGACCGACGCCACAGAGAAGAUAAAAGACAAAGACAAACCCGAAGCAAAUAAAAAAGAUAGCACAACAUCAAGAAGCAGGCUGGUGGGCGAAGAUGAAGGUAAUCAGCAAAGUACUAUUGUCAAAAGAACCAGCUACCCGACCGAGUGGAACCGUUCGCCAAAUGAGGAAGACUAUCCGCCGCUCGUCGUCCCUGCUAAGGUGGACCUCCAGCAAGGUGCUAUGGGUAGCAGCAACUACCCGGACGAGGGCGAGGGCUAUGAGGACCUUCUGGGAGCCCCCUACCUGAGAAAACUGUUGCUGCUGCCAGAGUUGGAAAGAGCGACACGGCAUCCAGCUCUGUUUUUUUCGAAAGAAUUGGUUCUCGCCCCGGCGUAUCAAGUGCAAAUAUGUUGACUGGGUCUACUUCACAUCUGGAGGAUUGCUAGGCUUGUUGUUAUGCGCGGUCUUUCUUAUGACUACGCCCCUUCAGGGUUGGCGUUUCUUCGUAAGAAAUGGAAUGCUAAUGCAGCAGCUAGCACGACAGGUUCUGUCUCUGUGUUGAGGUUCUUACCAUGCCUAAUAUCGAUAUCCCUCUUCUGCAUGAUGAGAAACCCCUCCUCAACUUGGUCAAAAGUUAGUACAAACUGUUGGGAAAAAUCGUGCAAGACAGAUUCAUCAGACUCUUGUGUGCUAACCCACGAGCUGCACAGGACGGCGCAUCACAAGGUUGCCAGACCCAGACAUGUUUGCGAAGCAUACGCAGAGGGAAAUUUCCAACACGACGCGAGAGGACCCCGGACGGGAAAUCGCUGUCCGUGUGGGAGACGUGGUGCCUAUGCAAUUAUACAAACCUGGAUGUCCCGUACUGCUUGUACAGAAUUAUCAUGAUGCAACAUUGCCAAUGAUAGAUGUAGUUGUAGUACAAGUACUCGUUGUAGCUGCCAUAUGAGGGAGGUUCUACUUGGAGAAACGUUUUGUCAUGUCCCGAUCAAUAUCUUCCAUGAUUCAAUGAAGAUGCUGAGAUGAUGAAACAAGCCCCGCAUUUGAAGAGGCGCUCGCCGUACGGGACAUCACGGUUUCCCGAGGACAGCGCAAGCAGACGAAGUCGGUCCGACGCAACAAGGUGAGAAGAAGAAGGAAGUUGUUAGUUUGUUCCUGUUUUCCAAAGCGGAAGCCGACUUUUUGCAAAACCGAGUCCCGUAUCAAAUGCAAAAGUGUCUGGGUCUGGAAGGUUGGAACUUGUGAUGCCAACUUUGGACUCUAAAAAAAUCUGUAUUGCAUGACCAGCAAGAGGGGUCUAGUUUGUGCUACGCGGGGAGGGCAUUAUUUGUCAUGCGGAGUAGGCAUCAGGAAGCCCUCUAAAAAUCUGUGAUGCUAGGUCGUGCAUUACAGACAUCCUGAGUCAUGCAAAACAUGCAUGACAAGUCUCAGAAGCUUCCAGACCCAGACAUUUUUGCAUUUGAUAUCUCGGAGCGGGGCCGGCGCUCGCCCGACUAUGACCAGUUUCGGUAUGGAGUCGUCAGACGUUACAUUCUCAACUGUAGUUGCGUGAAUUUGUAAUCGUAAGAAUGUGAAUGACAUCAAAAGUGAAAGGGGGAAGAUUGCGCCUUUUGCAUCAAUACAGGCUUGGCGCAGAUUGCUAUCUAGCGCGUCGACAACUUGUCACGCGAAGCAGCUUGAUCGUGUCGAUAUUGUUACUGAUGGAAAUUCUCCAUGACCAAUGCACGCAACAGUUGAGAAUGUAACGCUUAUGAAUUUCAUAUCCGGAGUUUUCUAGGUGGAAAAACGCAGCUGCUGUUGGGUAUUGUGAAAGCCUGGAGCCCCCACAGAAACACUGCGGAGGGGAAAACGGGAUUCUCGGCUGAGUCCGUGAUCAACGGGAGAGCGCGAAUAGCGGGAGGGGACCAGGUUUUCGAGUGGUCAACACCAUGGGGAAAGAACUUGAAUGCGGGUCGGAAAGAUACCUGGUCUGUUUUCGCAAGCUGGUUUAUGUCUGACUGCCCGUUCCGAGACACUGUGAAGGCACAUCCUCAUCGAGCAAAUAACUACAACAACUCGCCGCUGGCCGCUCGUGGGAUCCGCGAACGGAUGCGAUCUGCUCCCGAACAAGAAGACGUACUGCAGGCGGCUCGUCGCGUGAUCUUCCUCACGGCGGCGUCUUUGGUGUCCAAAAAUUCGCACUGGUUCCACUUUUUGCAGGAAACAGAACGGAAAGAGGGAGAAGCAGUCACCAAUGGCAAUGCCCGCAAAGUCAACAAAUACGUAUCGCACAGUCACCACCUGCAAUGCCGGCUUUUGGCCAGCGGUAUCCUCAGCAUGGCCUGGAUCGAAAAUCCCUGGUCCCUGCGGUACCUCCUCGCCGUGACCAAAAGUCCUCGCUACCUCAAGCCCACGAAGUACGAGCUCCCAGGCACCCGCGACGACCUGUACAGUGACGAAGACACUUGCCGACCAGUGCGGGAAGCCAUGCGCGGGCGGAUAUCGUAAUGAAAAAUCCCCCCUCCCCAUACGAAAAAGGUAUGACUCCGAAAAUUUGCGUUGCUGAUUUGCUGUUUCCUAACCCCGUUGCAGUGGGGGGUGGAAAACAGCAGGCAGUGUCAUCCCGGGCGUCCGUUCCCCCGCAGGCGUGAAUGUGAGGGACGAUGUAAGGAGAAAUACAUAUCUACACAAGGACCUGGGGGCUGUAUCUCCAACUGCCGAACGGCAACCCAGCGAGUACAGAUUAAGCGGACGCAAGCCAGAAGAACACAAGAGGAGGAACGAAGUCCGAGACGGCAAGAACAGCAGCAGCCACAGCCUUCCUUCUAUGCCGUUUUAUGACUUCUGCAUGCCUUUUGUAAGUAAUUUGUAUAAAAAAAAAAAAAAUUUGCGUUGCUGAUUUGAGGUCACAAAUCACAUCGGUCUUGCAAGAAGACAAGGGCAGAAGCUUCCGCCAUAUUAUGGAAGCGACUUGCGACGCUGUUGGGCCUAAAGCGGGGCCGUUUGCCAUGCUGAGCAACUAGAUCCAUACGCCCCUCCCUAGCGUGGGGAUCUGGCCGCAGUGCCUCUCUGCAAUACAAGGCUGAUUGGUGUACACAAAUCCAGCAUCAGAAAUUUCGUUUUGAUAUGGGGAGGGGGGAUCUUUCCUUUUGAUAGCGGAAGAAGCUAAGUUUCGCAAACUUUUUGAAGCAACUGGCGCUAGCGGCGAGGGAAGACAACGAUCCGAGGAGAUGGAUUCUGGGGACCACGGACAUGAGUAGGCAACAUCAAAAUGCAACUACUAGCACUGCUCUUGGGACGACAACGAGCAAUGUCGAGGCUGGGAAGAGGAAACUGAAACAAGACCUGUUACAUAAUAUCGUACACGAUCAUGAUGUUGACCUUGAGCUUGACACUGAGGACGAAGAUUACCUGCUUUAUUUUACAGGAGAAGGAGCCGGGGCUGGCUACGGAGAUGUUGACACCUCCAAAAUCUCCGCCCUGUUGAACAGCCGCGGUGGAGGACAGUCUCUGACCGAAAAGAGGACGACUGCUACCCACAGUAGUCUCGUCGCUGAGGACCUAGACGAAGAAGAACAAGAACGGCUACUAGAAGAGAAGACCCGUACCAAGAAAAAAGCUCGCGCGAUCCGGAUUUGGCACACGCUGCACUUGGAAGGACUUGCGCUGGCCCUGCAGCGCGAUGGCGAGCUUUGGUGUGAGGCGUGGUUUCGGGAGCAUUUGGAGGAGUUGCUGACAGAGACGACUACACGACGGGCAGGGUCCUCAUCGCAUUUCGCCUCGCCACUCCAGACUUACAGCAAGCGAGACCGAAGGCAGUUCUACUAUUUCUUCCAAUUUUUAGCCGUGAGUCAGGCCGGUGCGAACGGGCUUUCCUGUGUGCAGCGAGGACAAGCAGAACUACAGGGUGAACUACAAAACGACUCGUCGCAGCUCCUACACGACUGGCCUGGCCUGAUUGAUACUGCUCUGGUAUUUCUAGACCAACGUCGCAGUGAAGCAGGUGCAGUGCUGACCCUACACCCUAAUACAACAAGAACGACGUCGGCGGGGGCAGCUGCGCCAAGAAGCAGGAAAAAUCACGUCUGGUUUCUAUGGCCUGCUCCUCAGGAGGUGGAGGUCACACACCAAGAACAUUAUUGUUCCAAGCUAUCAUGCCUGGAUAUGUAAAUUUCUACUCCUAGUAUCUCAAAAAUUUCGUUCAGUGCGCAUCGACACUCGACCAGAAGGGCGAAUCGAUAAGAUAGAAAAGGUGCGCGUUUGUACUAGUGUUAUUUUGCAUGUGCUUUCUUCAGCAUGAGGCGCGCAGCUGCUGUGGUGCCUAAGUACUCAUCUGGAAUGAGUACAAAAAACUGCUAGUGCCGCUUCCAAACGUGAUUGCAAUAUACAGAAAAAAGAAUUGUCGAAGAUGUUUGUCUUUCUCUUUGUCUUUGUCCCUACACCGCGACCACCACCUGAGCGGGCCAUAAGUGUCGCAAGGAGUAGACCCAGACGAAGCCCCUCCUCCUGGUCGUAAGAACGCAGCUGUCAACAGCCGCUUUUCUUCCGGAUUUGUUGUUAACCUCGUCUUGCUUGACAUGCUGCAGCUUCCGUUGCGCCUCACGUUUUUGCUCCCAGAGCAAACUGAUGUUGCACCACGACGACCCCGAGAACAAACGGGCACGGGUUUGAAAGUGGGAGAGCAAGAAGCUCGUCAUCUUCUACUUCCAGAAGAAGCUAAUGCAACUGCUGAUUUCUCUAAAAAGGGAAGAUCUUCGACACCAACGCACUACCGGCAUGAUGAAGAGUCAUCUUUUCCUGCUGCUGUGGUGAAGCAACAAACUACCCUAAGUCUAGCCCGUGCACAACUCGGAGUAGAGGUCGCGCGUGAAGAUAUAUUGCGUCGGGAGGUGCAGGUGCGCGCGGGCCGCGUGACAGUUAGUGCAGCAUCUUCUUCUAUUGUUCAUCUUGGGCCGCGGGACAUCGACUUCCACGACCAGGCGCGUAGCAACCUGCAGCUGAGCCAUCAUGAUGCCGACAACAAAGUUCGGCGUUGUAAAGUGCUGUAUUUUGAGAAUCUAAUGGAACCCGUAUCCUGAGUAAAAACGUACCCACACCAGAGUCAGGAUGGGGAUUUUGCAACACAAACCUAGGAGUUUUGUGAGUCACGCAUGACAAGUUUCAGUCCGUAAGGUAGUGCAAGUUAGCAAGGAAAGCAGCAUCACAAAUCGACCUUCUGAUCCUGUUUACAGCAUUACAAGUUCCCAAACACGAUUGAAAAUGCCUGUCAUGGGGUUGCGCAUCACAAAUGUUCCUGUCAUGGCAAAUCUGCAUGACAACUCUGGGGUGGGUACGUUUUUACUCAGGAUAAAAACCCGACGUCGAUCAUCACGCGCCGGUCGUACAGGGCGCAAAGCCUACCUCUGCAGGCCCUCCCGAUUUCUUUGAGACCUGGCUGGGCGCUCGGUGGACCCUCGAUAUCAAACGCAAUAAUAGAGUCAUCGAAUCGACUGGGGGGCCGUAGUGGUUCUCGGGAAGAUUUUUGUAAGAGGAGCAUAAUGCUGCAAACUUGUUGUCAACAUCUUGAUCAUCUUCAUCCGCAUGUAGUUUGUAGAACACGUCGACACAAAUUGUAUCAGUCAUGCAUGGAUGAAAGUCAAAGUAAGUUCCGUUGCUCAUUUCUUUUAUGUCGCCAAGGGCACCAAGGGACUAAAAACUUUUCGCGUUGCGGAAAGCGGUGAUGUUGUAAUAUGCUAGGCAUUGAACAACUUCUCAACAUCAAUAAUGAAAACGUCUGAAUAAGUAUGAGGGUGUCAGGUAUUGAAUUUUCAAGUACUUUCAAAAUUUUUAUUAGCUAUUGAAAACCGCACUUUAACUAAUGUAUGAUUUUCAUUUAAACUUUAAAUAGCUAGAUCAGGGGCUAUGUGCGUCGCGCGUGACGCCGAAUGCCCCUGAUCUAGCUAGUUCAAAUACAGAUGCAAAAUUUUAAUUACUUUAAGUGCGGUUUUCAAUAGCUAAUAAAAAUUUUGAAAGUAGUUGAAAACUCAACACCUGACGCCCUCAUAAUAAGAUGCUAGCGCUUGCAUUCCAGAGCCUCUGGAAUGCAAGCGCUAGCAUCUUGUUCAGACGUUUUGCUUCUGCAGCUGGGUCAGCACAAUUUGACAAAUAUGUACUCUGCUCGUCCCGAUGCCGAUCAUGAACCACCAGAUCUAGUUCGAUGUUUUUUGCGUUGGAUACUCGACCGGGCGGCGCAAUUCUCUUUCGCAAGCUCCCUGCACGCGUUUGAUGCUUUUGGACUUGGAGGAGGAGCUUUUUACCCUGUUGCACCAAGGAGCUCCCGAAACGUAUUUGAUGAUGUUCUACUUGGAGCAUUUCCAGAAGUUGUGCCAACCUCUAGUAGUACUUCAUCGGUAAAGGUACGUGAAGAACUUCUUCUAAAACAGUUUUUCAAUACACUACACCCGCAAAAAGCUUUCUCUUUCGCGUGUCCUGAUUCUGUGCUCCGACGGUCAAGAACAAGCUACGAGAACAAGCUACGUGCACGACGGACCAACAAGCGAACCGAGAAGCGGAUCUUGGAAAGUAGCGAGCACAAAAAUUGGCAAUCGGUUCUUUCUGAAGGGACGGCGGCGGGAGAAGAUGGUCGUGACAAAGAGGAUGCAGUGCUGCAACUAGAUCAACAGCGGGAAAUGAUAUUAAACGAGGAGCCAGACGAUGCUUCCGAGGUAGACUUCGCUCCUGCUUUGUUAGGUUUAUGCAGUGCAAAAGUAUCGUACUCGUAUAAAUGCAUUACAAAUUUCCUCAGCAUGAGAAAUGAAAUUGAAAUUUGUAAUGCUACAUUGCCUUAAGAACAAGAUUUGUAAUGCAUGAUUGCAAUACGAGUACGAUAUUUUUGCACAGGAUAAGGUUGGCGGGAGCAACAGAAACCUAAAUUCGAGCGCACGCCAGUUUUUCUACCUGACGAUGAUGAACCGUGGAAAAAGGAAUUGGCAACCGCGUGCGAGGCCUUUGCGCAGCGGGGCCAGGCGGUGUGGGACUCUUUGUCGUUCCAGAAAGAACAGUUUUUCGGAAAAUUACACCAUUACCGGUUGCUCAUCUUGCAGGCCGCGGUGACAACGGCCACGGUGGAUGUAUUUGUUCCGCGGGGGUCUGGUGAAGGAGUUCAUCUUGAGAGGACCAUGGUUGAAGAUGAAAAGAAUAAGAAGGAUAGUAACACUAAUCAGGUUCUUCAGGAUGAACUACUUGAAGAAACAACGCCGGCGGAUAAAGAAAUGGACCUUCACUACAGCACGAGGGGCAAGACGAAGAUGCUUUUUGCAGACGCGGCUUCCUACGGAGGCGAAGGCGGUGGUGACGACAACUACCAAGUGUCUCAACAACUUAUACCUGUUUCGCUUCCGCCGUUUUUGCGAUUCGAUGUGGAAUUAAUCGCCUUGACGUACCUUUUGCGACCCGAUACGCCUUGGCCAGGUGGAGCAGGGUAUAGACAAGAUCAUGCAGCAGGAUUUUUUACAGCACAGCCAGCUCCGACGUCCUUGCCCUUUGAAGAAGAUGUUGUUGAGACUACAAGAACUUCUUCUACGGCAAAAGCAGAUAAAGUAGAGAAGCGAUUCGGAACUGGAACAAGCACAAGCAGCGCCGGAGCGGCUUCUGCGCAAGGGAGUAGAUCACGGCGACAGGGUGAACGAGGAGCAAGCACCGCUAGUACUUCGGACUUAUUUGUGGACGCAUUUGGGUCUGCGGUGCGGGGAAAUUUCAAGACGGUCCGGAGUCUGGCAAAAUUUAGUCGCAAACUGCUGGCUGCCGUGAGCAAAACUUCUAGUGCCACUUCUCAGAUAAAGGCGAUACUUUUACCGAAGACGAGUAGUGCCGAAGAUGACACGAGCCGUAGUGCUACCAGUAGGAGAAAUCAAAACGUGUUUUUGGAUCAUGAUGAAACUGAUCUUCAUCAUCUUUCUUCCGACGAUCAAACACCGUCUCAGAGCAAGUUGGCCCCGUCUACUCCAGCAGAUCAAGUAGAACAUACUGCGUCCACCUCGUCCCUCCUAAGUGCUGAUCUGGAAUUUAACGAACACCUUUUGAGGCUCCUGCAGGAGCAGGGAAUGACAAUGAAUUCUGAUAUGGGCGAGCAGACCCAGAAGCCGAGCGGCAGACCACCUGGACGCACAACUAUCGGGCCAUUGGGAAGAAUUUCAAAUAGAGACGACGAACAAGCACAGGAGGAACUACAAAAGCGACAACCUCGGCAAGGAGAUGAAGAAGGACAACUGGGCAUAUCGUCCCUGCUGCAGCGUGUCUUCGCGACCAACACGAAUCUCCUGCCCGUCUUGCGCUCCUUGCGCGGCGCUGUGGCGAUAUUAUUAGCUGGGGGCGACACGACACCAACAUCUAGUUCCGGCGGCGAAAAGGAUAAAGUGCCAUCAAUUUUUUCUAAUUCUUCGAUGUUGAGCGAAGUAGAACAUGAAGUUCUUACAGUAAAAGGACUACUAGCACCAUCGACAGGUGGACGACGAGCUCCUGCACGACGGCGUAACAAGGACUUGGAGCCGCAAAAGUUUUCUGCGCGCAUCGAUGAGACAGUGCGACAGCUCCUUCCUGAAAGAUUUGGCGACGUCGCUGGUACUAGCCGUAGGACUUAUCCCAUGUGAAAUAAACCGACACAACCCAUGAUAUUGAUUACCCCAUAGUGGAGAUGAUGAAAAUUUUUGCAAUUCAUUGUUCCUUCUGGACGACAAGGACAAAUCCAAACACACGCAUGACAGUCACCAGUAGUGCUGCAAUCGUGCUUGGCUGUAGGAAAAUCCGCAUCGGAUAAUUUAUUAUAUGCUGAACCAGGUUUGUACUUCUAGAACAGCACGACAAUUCUCAAAAAACGGAAAGUAGAAAAUGGCGCUCAUGUUGUGCGGGAGGACAAGAUGCCGCGUCAGACGUGUCGUUCUGGGCAUGAUGCAGAGUUGUAUUUGCAUGACAAAGAGUGUCGUGGGAUUCCUUCUCCUCAUUGGUCGUGCGUGUUUGCGCAUGAUACGGCUCUAUCCACGUGCGAUGUACGCGACGCAAGGAGGAACUUUGUCGAUCAACACGGUGUCGAACCGCAAAGCGAUCUAAUCCCGACGGAGCUUCUAGACGAUUACACCUGGGUGGCCGAAAUGCAAGCGUGGCAGCACGCGAAGCUGAUUGUAUGGAUUGCAAAUAUGUCAUCUGGGUCCUCUGGAAAGAUGCAAGCUUUAUUGUCAUUGUACAUUUUAUUGCAUGGCCCCCCACGCCCACCGUGUGUUGUUGCCUCGGCAUCACAGGUUUUGUGAUGGCUUUUCAAUGCGGCUCUCCCGCAUGAGAAAUGCCCUCUCUGCAGCGUUAGCAAAAGCUGGACGGCGGCGCUUGCUGCUCAUGCAAUAGUGCACACUUUUGUACUAGGACUAGGAUCUUCCACACCAGGCCGCAUCACAAACACAAGUUUGCAUACUUCCAGACAUCCAGGGAUAUUCGCAGUGGAUAAACCGAGAUGCUCCGCCAUUUUUUUCUCCAGCACAGCCGAACCGAUCUCCAUACCUUCGCGUCGCUGCAGCUGCUCACCUGCAGCUUAUUGCAGGUUCCGGAAUCUUCAUCUUCGCGUAGUACGCAGGGGGACGUCGGCAACGGGGACGAUAAAAAUUCGUUUUCUACAGAUGAAAAACAAAGAGUAGUCCAACAAGAAAACAUCGGAGCUCAGUUGGACUCUAUUUUCCGGAGUGCCGUAUUGAACAGAGAAAUAUUAAGCACGAGGUCCUGGACCGAGCGAUGGAAAUCGAAGCAGCGAUUCGACGAAUGCCGUGCCGUCGCGCGGCGCGAGGGAGCUGGUGCCUGCAACUACGUCGGCCCGGCCACCUCCGCUGCGGAAAUAAAUUCUCACGCAGCAUCUUGCUCGUCGCGCCACCUGUACGCCGACAUCAAAAAUGGUACGGACUAUGUUGAUUCAGCACACCAUAUUGACCAUGAAGAUGAGACCAGCUCCGUCGUCGAUUUACCAACAGCUGCAGUACGACCUCCACCACACGGACCACGUACCACAUCAUCUGCCGCGGGGCUGCCUCAGUUCCGUGCCUUUCUGCUCCAGCAACUGGCGUUGAUUUUAACGGAUGUUGUGGCAGAGGAAGAUCUUCCUGUGGAAGAAGAAGGUCGACGUGGUGAGCCGGUAUUUUCAAAAACACAUGCCGAUCGUAAUCGAUUCACAACUUCAGAAUUAUCAUCUCUUUUCCUCUUUCAAACCGAUUUUCUGCGGGAAACGUUUCUGAGGCGAGAGUUUGAUCCGCAAAUCGCGCUGGAGGAUGCGCGAAACCGAUCUUCGUCGGCAGCUGCAGGAGCAGUAGACCAGGACACAGUAAAGCAGAACAACGAGUACUUCUCGAGCAACGUUCCCUACCUGUGCCAGCCCGAGCGGCUCCUGUACGUGCAAGAAGAGAAAAAGCACCAAUUCGGACCAGCACCGGUAGAAGAACUACAAGGUGAAGCAGACGAAAUUAUAUUUCACCGCCGUAAUAUAUGGAUGUGUCAGAAUCGAAAUUGACAAAAUCGAAAAACUUGUGAUGCAUAAAAUCGAUACCAGUUGGAAGGCAGUUUCCAAGCGGCGCAAGACAAAUUUCGGGAGCACCCAGAUCGAGUCUGUCAUGCUGUUUGGGCAAAGAAGACCGCUCCUCUCAUGCUACUCUGGUAGCACAUUGCAUACCCCUAGACAGGCUUACAAUCGGUCUCAUUUGCCUGCUCUCCAAUACAGGCCUCCAGUGCCCUGCAUUUUACGCAUCACAAAUUUUUCGAUUUUGUCGAUUUCGAUUCUGACACCUCCAUAUAAUAAAAUGAACACCGACCUGGUUUUCAAGAGCGCUCUGGCGUACCUGCGGCGUUUUCGGGAUUUGUUUAUACAGGGGGCGAAGAAUAUGGCCCUGAGCGACCCUCUGUCGGGCUAUCAUGUGACGGACGUUUUCUCCACGAUCUCCGAUAGUGGUCAGAGUAAAACGAUGAAAACCGGGGAGAUACAACUGGUGCAGAAGUCCAGUGCCGGAGGUGGAGGUGGAGAGGGCGACGAGGAAAAAAUGAUAUUAAAUCGAGAUGAAACUACUGUAGUGUCGAGUUUAGAUCGCAAAAUGCGGGGCUUUCGGAGAAACUACGACAAUAAUCAUGUUCUUGCACCAGAUGAGGAAGUGGAGCUGAAGAUGAAGAUGACGAGCAAAAAUCGCGCACAACAAGACGGAGUACCAAGUGUUGAAAAAUCUUCGAACAUGCAAAAUCCUCCUGAAGCGGCCCCUGUAGUCCUCGUGAGUGCUCAACAUCAAGAAACUAGUCCUGGGACGCCACGACGGUCGUCAACUACAUCUCCUCUACUUCGUCUGCUAUGGGAGCAGAACGAAGCUAGAUAUAAGGCGGAGAACGGUACAGAGACUUGCUUUUUGCGCGAGAACUACCUGUGGCCAGGAGCCCCGACGGUGGUCGUCGUGGAGGGUGGCGACGAGAGGCUGGCGGGAGAGAACUACAAGGUUGAUGAUUUUCUUUCAGCCGGACGAGGCACAGGAACUACUGCAACCGGUAGUAGGUGGCUGAAGAACGACAAGGCAAAGGCUCUUUUGUCAACAUCUUCCCACCACCCACUUCGGCCUCCCUGGUUCUGGCAAGAUUUGCGGUUCACGGAAAUGUGCCACGACGCUAAGAUCUUCAACGAGGAGGCGGAACAAAGGAGAGUGAAUCAUGCUGCUCCUGCUGGUGCCUCAUCAAAUAAAUUUCUUCUAAAAUCUACUGUCGCAACACCUCAACGACCAGCACUAAAUGCACUUGCUACACAAGACGAGAACCACGCGACCCACCAGGACGAGCUGCAAGGCGUUUCGCGCCGCCUCUAUGUCACAGAAAAAAGCUACCAGGUCAGCACUUUUGGGAAAUGCAAAAAUAAAAAACUAAAAUACGACAGAUACACAAGUUAGGACGCGUGCUGUCUACAGAUUUUCUCUUUUCUGUGUAUCUGUAGCUGAACUCAUCUAACUUUUGUAAUUUUUUUUCUUUGAUGCAUUUGCAUUGCAUCAAAUGUCAAUGUGACCCGCUAGCAUGAUUUUUUUGCUGGAUAGUCUCUCCACAGAGCUGAUGAAGGAGCUUCCCGUCGUCCUUGAAGAACGGAAUGACGGUGACGCUGCGCAGAAAAGCACCUUGACCUCGCACCGCAUUCUGCUCCCCGAUAAGCUAAAUGCCACCUCCACCCGGGCAGGAGCACUGGAUAGUAGUACUCAGUCGGCGGGUAUCCAAGAAAAAAACUGUGUUAGUGUAACUUUCUUUGGCUGACAGAAUUACAGAUUUGCUCUACAUGACAAAGAAAAUUUCACAUGCGUGGCUUCUAAGGGAAAGCACACACGAAAAGAGGACUUCGUGGUUGUCUGGCAUGACAGGCGUAAGUCUCUUGCAUGUUUUGCAUCACAGAUUUACACGUACACAGUUUUUUUCUUGCAUAGCGGGUGGCCACGACGGAGGCCUGCACAAUGUCAAUGCAGGAACUGAAGAAGUACGAUCGGCUGAGGACGACCUCCCGUAUGGCAAAAUCGACACCCCGCGGUUGCAAAAUCCAAAAGUUAUACAAGUGCCGACGAGUAAGCAAUCGGAAUCGAUUGCGAUUCGUCCACGAUCUAUUCCCCCACCUCCUGCCGCGACCACUAUUCCACGAAGUUACUCGCAAGGAUCGAAUGAAUUUACAAGCCGCAACAUCAAACGACAUGAACUUCUGGAAAGGCAGAAAAGAGCAACGCAUCUUAUUGAGAGGAAAGAUUCCCCCUCCUCAUAUCGAAAAGGUAUGUAGUUUGUCAAAAAAAUUUCCACUACUGAUUUGCGACCACAAAUCGUGUCUGUCUUGCAACAGGCGGGCAAAUAACUACCCAAGGAGUCCGCCGCGUUGAUUUAUUUUAUGUAGGCGAUUUGCAGCAACGCUCCUGUGCCUUCGAGAAGUACUGGGCAGGCCCCCUCUGGUGCUGCGUUCAGCGCCAACACGACCACAGCACCCCUUUCUAUGCCUAUGUUGCGCACCAGGUCCUCCUCGCGACCUGCCUCUAGUACGACCUCACUGACACUGCAAGAAGACAAAACUGAUUAUGUUGUGUACUACCCAAGAAAUCUUUUGAUUAUGGUAUCCCACGAAAAAAGUGUUACAGUUACACAUUUGUAAGGCAAUGCAGCAACACAAAUGUCCCUGCAUGAGAGAGAAAACCUGUCAUGCAGAAAUCCUACGGGAAAACACCUAUGAGAAGAGGGUCCUAUGCAUAUCCGGCACGACAGAGCUUGUCUGUCUUGCUUGACCUGCAAGACAAUGUGUAACUGUAGCACUUUUUUCUUGCGAUAUAUGGAGAGGCGGGGGGAUGUUUCAUCUUGGUACGUGAACUGGAGCAGCUAGCGAAAGAAAAGGAUCCGGACAGGGACAGGGUUAUGGAGUUCUCAAACGUUACAUUCUCAACUGUUACAUUAAUUUGUCAUGCAAAACUACCAUCAUCAUCCACAAGAUCAAGCUGCUGCGCAUGACAAAUUUGCGAAGGGCUAAACAGCGCCUAAAUCUGCGCGGGAUUUGUAAUGGAAUUUUUGCAAUCUUCCCUCUUUUGCUUUUGCCAUUCCUGCAUUGCAGAUUCAUGUAACAGUUGAGAAUGUAACGUUUGAGAACGCCAUAUGGGUGAAAGAAAGGGCACUCGUGGAAGAAAUGAAAAAGACACAGGAGCUCAUAUUCCGCAACGACAUGAGACGUGAUAACAUUAACGUAAGAGACGUUGAUCAGCAAAUCUAUGUCAACACGCAGAAGGCACUGCAAAGAUUGCAGGACUACCAAAAUAAACGAAUUUUACGUCUCGACCGCCACCUGAAAGGACAUGUAGAUGUUGCUGGUGGACCAGGACUUUCUACGAAUGCAACUACGGUGGACCACGAGCCUCCCCUUGAUGGUCGUAAGGUCGGGGAAAUGAAUAUGAACAAAGACACGUCCAUAUGCAUUGCAGAUAUGUCCUCUGGGUCCUCUGGAAGAUCGCCCGGUUUGUCAUGCAUGUUUUGCGUGAACACGUCGCAUGAUGCCUGUAAUGCAUGACCUAACAUCAGAGAUUUAGAUUUUUAGAGAACUACAACUACUUUUUACUUCCUGAUGCCUAUUUCGCAUGACCAGAAAUGCCCCCGCCUCUGCGUAGCACAAACUGGAUUCCUCUUCUUGCUGCUCAAGCAAUACAAUUUUUUUUAGAAUCCAAAGACAGCAUCUCAUCACAAGUUGCAACCUUCCAGACCCAGACAACACAUUUGCAAUUCAUAGUCCACAGCAUCUUCAGCCCCUCCUUCGGUUGAUGUUAUCAUCCCAGAUGAAAAGAAUUCUGCAGUCGAGGGCGUCGACAACCCGAAGGGCCAUCAAUAUGAAGAUGAACCUCAUGUUGAUGUGGAUGCAGUACACAAUCUCAUAAAUGGUAAACCAAGUACGGAACAAAAUUAUGUCACAACUACCUACGAUAUCAAUUGUAAAAAUGUCUGGGUCUAGAAGAAUUCAUGUUUGUUAUGCUUGUCUGGCAUGACUCUUAAAUCUGUCGUGCACGUUACCCAAGAGCUCCGUUUUUCUGUGAUGCAGAAGCGCAGUUUGUCAUGCAGAAAAGGCUUCACCUAGGAGCUCAGAAACUUGUCAUGCUGAGCCAGCAUUUGUAGCCCCAUCAUGACACGCCACUCAGCAUCACAAGUUUCCAGACCCAGACAUUUUUGCAUUUGAUAUACGAAAACCUGGGUUUUGGCUGGUGCGCAAACGAGACCGGACCGAUCGAGUAUCAUGAUGAAAAAAUCUCCCUCCCCAUAUCGAAACGGCACGUCCUCUCCGAAAAUUUGCAAUGCGGAUUUGUGGCCACAAAUCGCGUCUGUCUUGCAAGAAGGCAACGCCACAGGCUCCGCCGCAUUAUGCCGGCUGCCUUUGAUGCUGGUGGGCCUACUAGUACAGCAUAGACGUUUACUCUGAUGCUAAACGGCUAGGCCAGCCCCUCUCUACUCAGGCGCGAUAUUGGCCUGCAGCCCUUCAGUGCAAGACGCAGCGGAUUUGUGUACGCAAAUCCAGCCUCCGAAAUAACUUCGUUUCGAUAUCAUGGGGAGGGGGAAUUUUUCUUUCUGAUAUCGAGACAAGACACCUGGCAAUUGCUGGAGAUGUCGAGAGACCCAGUGGAAGAGGCGUGCCAUUCCUCGAUUAUGACCUGCUCAAGCGUUACAAUCUCAAAUCGGCUACCAUAGAGUCUGCUAGGUUCGUUUUGUGUUGCAUGAUGAGCAUGACAGACUCGCACAGCGUUCCACUUUCUGCAAUACAAAGCUCGCCAGAUUCUAGUAGUGCGAAUUGGGUGGACUCCAGAACUUGUCAUGCGCAAUCCUGUGGGAGUAGGGUAGAUCAUGCACCUCUUGCAUCACAGAUUUCCAUAUUCCAUUGUAACCACUAGAGAUUGCAAAAGCUGAGCAAGUCAUAUCGAUUCCUCGAAGAUUCUGAAAGAAGAGUGCGAAAAGUCGUGCACGGCGAACGAGUGGAAAAUACCGGGACUCAGGUAUCAAAAGGAAAAAUCCUCGCUCCCCAUACUGACAGGUAAGGUAUAUUUUUGGAAAUUUGUGAUGCUGACUUGUGCUCACAAAUCGUGUCUGUCUUGCAAGAAGGCAACUCCGCAGGCUCUGCCGCACUGGCGUGAUUGCGCAGGCGGUUUGUCGUGCUGUUAGACCUACAGCGCGGACGUUUUCCAUGCUACGCGCCUAGGCCCCCACAGCCUCCCUACUCACGCCUGGCAAUAUGGGGCUGCAGUGCUCUCCAGCAAGACAGCUCGGAUUUGUGUACACAGAUCCAGUGGCAGAAGUUUCGUAUUUGUUAUGGGGGGGAUUUAGAUUUCUCGUUUCCAUAUCGUGCUGCAGCUGGAUGGAGGACGCAGGCCGCUACCAAGGUCCUUCGACUUAUGGAUGUGUCAGGAUCGAAAUCGACAAAGUCGACAAAUUUGCGACGCAUAAAAUACAGGGCACUGAAGGCCUGUAUUGGGGAGCAGGCAAAUGAAACCGAGUGUAAGUCCGUUUAGGGGUAAUACACAAUGUGCUGCCAAAGUAGCACUACAGGCGGAGUCUUCUUUGCCGAAACAGCAUGACAGACUGGCUUUCGGUACUCCCGAAAUUUGUCAUGCGCCAGUUGGAAACUGAGGCUCCAACUGCCAUCGAUUUGGUGCAUCACAAAUUUUUCGACUUUGAUGUCAAUUUCGAUUCUGAAACUUCCAUACGACUGCCGGGGCUACAUGUACUCGAACAAUUGUCUCAUCUUCGUGAACAACACCCCUACAAGAGUUUCGGAGAGUCACGAAGUAGCGAGCAGACAGCCGAGGCCAGGCUGGAUUCGCUUUCCCUGCAUGAAGAAAGUGGUUUCAAGUUCAACGUCUCCUGCUUAUUCGUCCAGUAUAAUCCCUACGACAGGUACUGUCGCUGCACGAGGACCAUCAUCUUCUGCGAGCCAUACUACAACUGCGACGGGACGACCAUCAUCUUCUGCGAGCCAUAGUACAACUGCGACGGGUCGUGGACCAUCCUCUGACACAACGACGACAACAUCAACAUUAACAUCUUCCCCCACGAGGAUAACGUCGCAAACGAAUAUUAAACCAUGGGACGAGAGGACCAUGCAGAUGAACCCCCGUCCCAAGAAUGCGACAAUCUCGGACGACGACGAUCCUGGAGUGCAAGGAGGACAAAAAGACCCCCAGCAGCAGGAAAAUGCUCUCGACAGCCAAGAUGGCCAGAUCUUCACGGUAGCUAUGCUAAUGCUCUCGAUCGCGCUUGCAGUAAUAUUUGGUCUUGUCGCCGUCUUUCUCCUGAUCUGUAUUUUUUCGCUGGGUGGAUCAUGUGGAAGUUGUUGUGCUACGACCUGUAUGAAAUGCAAAAGCAUCGUACUCGUACUAAUCGCAGAUACGCAUGACAAAUCUGAUUCCAAAGAUAAAUCAGCAUGACAAAUCCCAUUUUCCAUUCUAAGGAAAUUUGUCAUGCGAUUUGUACUAGUACGACACUUUUGCAAUGCAUACCCUGCACAUAUUUCUCCUGCGAACUCCCCUGCGUGUGCGUGUGGCGUGAUGAGGAGAAGGCUACCGCGCUGAAGGAUAUUAGUGGUGAUAGAGCAGGUCCUCGAGAAGAUAAUAGUAACCCACCUGCUGCAAGCCGUGGCGGCCCUCGUGGCCGGGCGAAGGUGAAGACUGCAAGAGUUGAAAUGGAGAGAGGGACGACGACAACGCCCACUGGAGGUGCCAAAAAGAACGAAGUAGUCGCACCUGCCUCUCGCACCACUGCCAAAAGGGAACAAGUGGGUGAAGCCACGGGAGCUGCAGCUGCCGCCCGGUACGCGAACUUUCGGAAAAGUUUGAAACUGCAUGGGCGGGGGGCGGCCACCGCUAGUACAACCACAGAGGCUGCAAAACGAUCAGCUGGUGAUGUCGCUGCACCAACUACACAAGCUGCACAAGGAAGGGCACCAGAAGUUGUUCCCCUGAAAACGGAUGGCGGUGGAACAAACUCAAGUAAAAAAGGGAACAAGAAGGUUCAAAGCCAUGCUCAAUCAACAUCGCCAUCUUCAGUGGUACCCGCUCAACAACAGCCCCCGCCCAGUAGCCGGCCAAACCUGACGCAACCUAUGAUGAUCAACGUGGAGUAUGACCACAAGUUGCGGAACUUCCAGGACAUGGGCCAACGCAAAUUCCUUGUCGGAAAUCAGUUUCAGGCCGUUAAAAGUCGUGCGUUACAGCAAGGAAAUGUUGAUAAUGUCUCGAAGCUUCAGCCACCUGCUGUCAACGGAGCUAGUACUGGUGUAGAAGAAGUACCUCGAAAUAAAGAUGUUGAUAUGGUCGCUUAUGAGGCCUACCUGCAGCAGUAUAACCAGAAUCAGCUGCAUAUGGAUGUGUCAGGAUUGAAAUCGACAAAGUUGAAAUAACUUGCCAUGCAUAAAAUGGAUGCCAGUUGGAACCCAGUUUCCAAGUGGCGCAUGAGAAAUUUGGGUAGAGGCGGAAUCCAGUUUGUCAUGCUGUUUGGGUAAGGAGGACGCCUUUUGUCAUGCUACUUUAGCAGCUCUAUUUCUACCCCGCAACAGGCUUACAAUCUGCCUCCCUUGCCUACUCUGCAAGACAGGCAUUUUGUGGGUUGCAUUUUACGCAUGACAAACUAUUUCAACUUUGACGAUUUCGAUCCUGACGCUUCCAUACUGCAGCUGCAGCAGCAGCAGGCCCAAGCAGUCGCGCCGCUCCGCGUCAAGGACCACUCCUACAUAUGACUUGCUCAAACGUUACAAUCUCAAAUGUCGUGACAAUAGAAUCUGGAAUUUGUGUUGUGUGAUGGGCAUGACAGACUCGCGCAGCGUUCCACCUUUUGCAAUACAAAUUUCCCCAGAUUGUAGUGGGGUUUGGAGCUCCGGAACUUGUCAUGCGCAACCCUAUGAGAGUUGGCUAGAUCAUGCUCAUCAUGCAAGACAGAUCUCAGAUUCUAUUGUAACGUUUGAGAUUGUAACACCUGAGCGGGUUUUUAUACUACACACCCCCCGCCUUCGUUUUGGAUCAGAGACUGGGCCUUGUUGGAGGUACAACUUCUACUGCCGAGGAAGCAGUAGAUCGUCGUACUCACAAAGAACAAGAGGACAGCAGCACAGCUGCAGCUUCGCUCGGUAAAAACUUCGACAACCUGUUUCGUUUGCCGCAAGAGGACCAAGAUCAGCUUGCUCACCGCCCCUUGGAUGAAAAUAAUUUUAAGCUGCGACUCGAGGAUCACGUUGAAAACGACAAUGAACGCCAACUCCUUCCUAUUAAGAGGAAAAAUCCCCCCUCCCCAUAUCGAAAAGGUAUGCUUCCGGAAAUUUGUGAUGCUGAUUUGCGACCUCAAAUCACGUCUGUCUUGCAAAAAGGCAACUCGACAAGCUACGCAGCAUUGUGCAGGCGGUUUGUGAUGCUGAUGGGCCUACAGCACGGACGUUUCUCAUGCUAGACGCCUAGGCCAGAGCCUCUCUACUUAGGCCUAGUAUGGGGCUGCAUUCCUCUCCAGCAAGACAGAUCUUAUUUGUGUACGCAAAUCCUGCAUCAGAAACUUCGUUCUGAUAUGGGGAGGGGGGAUUUUUCCUGUUGAUACUUCCUGCGUUUACGUUCUCUCCUGGUGAUCAACAUCAUUCUGCGCUUACGUUCUCCCCAAGAAACACGACCGUCAAGGACGAGAGAGGCGACGAAACAAAUCAGCGGACAAGCACUGAUUCGUCCAUGAUUUCACCUCGAAAUUCUAGCCGCCCGGUGACUUAUCCCAACGGAAGACGAGUGUCUUAGUCUUACAGUUACAACACACUUUAGCAGAUUUUUUUUGAAGGAGAACGCGAAUGUGAUCUGCAUGUUGGGGGCAUACAAAAAUUCUGCAACAAGAAUUGUUCAUUGUGCGGAGAAAUCGCAAACGACAAAAGCAUGUAUAAAACUACUGAGGUGGCUCCUCGUCACGCGCAACAUCUUCUCCCUCACACAUGUUGACAGAGCUUGUUUGCGUUGCAUCGUAGUUCUGGAAGAUGAUGAGCACAAAAAUUACGUGUAACACGUGACUGUGACAAGCUUUUUCCUUUCCAUACAACCACAAGUUCGGGUGCAACCAAUAGGUCCGCGCCCACGGCUAUCCAGGAAAAAACACCCAUCCACAUCCAAUUUGUCAUGCAAAAGAUACAUGAAAUCCCGCGUCUGUCAUGCAAAAAAUGCAUGGGGAUAGGUUUUUUUCUGUGGAUAGCGGCCAUUUCCAACGCAACCGAACUGCAGCGGCGGCAAGACGAUUAUUUGAGGCAACUUUUUGGAAUACAGUAAGUGAUAGAAGUGUACUAGUUCUUGUCGGAGUGAAGAAGAAGUAGACUCAAACUCAUACUGUUAACUUUUUUCUCUAAGGUACGCACUUUUAUUCGAGUGAACGCGAAUACAAAGCAAAUAGCUUCUCAUGUAUAUGUUUUCAGCUUUAAGAACUAAUCACACUGAAAUUAUGUUCUUGUACAGUACAUUUAUUCAAUCGAGCGAGUGAGUAGUUUUGUUGCUCCUGACAGUAGAUUUUGAUGGAUUUAGAUUUGCAUUUAGCUUUACGUUGUAAGUAGAAGUACGAAAAAAAGUAGGGCCAAGUCCUCGUGCGGACGCUGCAAAGGUCGCGGCACUUUUUCCGCACACUCCAGUUGAUGUUCAAUGUGGAGGUCGGCAUAGUUUUCGCGAAACUUCUUCUUCAGCACAGGUGGACGUGGAGGCGAAUUGCAGUCCUCACGAGGAGUCGCGCGAAGGCGGCAGGAGGC